UGUUGUGUAGUCGUAGUCGGUCGGUCGAUCGGUCGUAUUUGUGCGUAAACCGUAGUUUCGAGUGCCCAUUCAUGGCCAGAUGUGGAUGGUUGUAGUCCGCUAGAUUCUUCCGGUUAGUACCCAUCGCCAAGUUUCCGGACCUGAUCGAAUAUUCUGUUGAGUUAACCUGCAGGUGCUGAACCGUUCAAAGAAAAGAUUUCAGUGGCUCGAAUCCGCUGGUUGAUGCGUGUGUGUGAGAUUUUGUUACGGUUCCGUGGCAGCUUUUCGUGGUGUAGCUUUGGAAGUGUCUCUCUUGUUCAAUGGUUUCUGCGAUAGUGAUUUUGGGAAUGGAAAUCGAGACACAAUUCGGUGCCGCCGAUGCUGUGAUUUGAAGUAGUUUAAAAUUGGAUUUCUCUUCGCAAUUCUCCGGCGGAAGAAAGAGCUCGCAUUGUCCAGGUAGCUACCGCACGUCACUCUAGCAGCAGCUGUGUAAUCACUCUAGGCCUUUUUUUGUAGUGGUGUACGCGUUUUCGAAUUGACGCAAAGAGCAAGAAGAAUAAACAAAAUCGUGUGUGAUAAUCUGCAUUUAUUCGCGCAUUUUCGUUGUGUCUUCAAUCAGAAGCGAGAAGAAUACGUGUGAGCUGUAGGAUUAAUUGUCGUUGCGGGGCCAGUGUUUGCGUCGAUGCCACUACCACAACUUGCCGGGUUUUUUUUUAUUGUUUAGUACGCAUGCUGUCGAAUCGGAUUGCGAUGUGAACUGAAUUGAAGCAGAGUGGGCACCGGUCGCCAAGGUCGACACUAGUUUGCAGAAGAAGAAAAAAGUCAGUGAUUAUCACAAUACCAGCAUAUUACCUUUUGCUUCGAUGACGGUCAGUUGCGCUAGAGUCUCAGUGGCAUGAAUGUGUUUAGUGAUUCCGGUUCGCACCAAUAGUGAGCAAACAAUACAAAUCUGAGAGUGCAUUGUGAAGGUUAGCCCUUUUUGAAAGGCGUUCGAUGGUGAUUUAUUGCUGUUGUUGUUAGUGUUACUUGAUCCGAGUUGUGUAUAUUGCGAGAGAAUAACAUAAAAGUUGAAGCAAUGCCCGCUGCUGUCAAUCAGUAAAGAAAGGUGUUUGAGAAGCUUAUUCCGGAAAGCCAGUGAUUACAAGAUACGUAAAGUUGGCUCUUCUUCAAGCGGGUGCCCCAGGAACGGCUGCUUAAUUCAAGUGCAGUAUUAUAAAUGGUUCUGUAGUGCAGCUUAACGAGAAGGCACAAACAUGCGCCGAACGAGUCGAAAUUCGUUUAAUUUUGAUUUCUCGCUACGGCGCCUGUUGCUACAGGGAGCACGAGCUGCACGGGGCAGUCCUCCGCUAGGACAGCGACUGUGCGAUGUAGAGAAGGGCAGUGGUAGCGGUGGCAGCGGCGGAGGUCCCAGCGCUAGUGGGAGCAAAUAUGACAAGACCGGAUCGUCUAGUGGUGGUGGUGGUGGUUACAAGCAUAAUUCCGAUUCCACUUCGCAACAUUCAGCCAACUCACCGGGCAACCUGGACCGAGGCAUCUCCACCUCCAAACUUACGCCAAAUAGCUAUAAGUCAUCGAACAGUCUGCAGAGCAAAAGUACCUCCGGAUCCGCCUCCGGGGGUGGCUCCUCCGGUUCCGCUGCCAAAUCCACCUCGUCUCCUGAGGAGUGCCCCCUCUGCUACGACACCGUACCGGUCGGCGAGGAGUUCUACUCGCUGCUGAACUGCCGGCACUACGCCUGCCGGGGCUGUCUGGAGAACUACCUGAUGAUCGAAAUCUCCGAAAGCCGAACGGACAUCAGCUGCCCGCAGUGUCCGGAAUCGAUGCACCCGACUGAUAUCCAAGCGCUGCUGAAGGCGUUCCCCUCUGCCAUAACCAAAUACGAAGACUUUAUGGUGCGUCGUGUACUGCUGGCGGAUCCGGACUCCCGCUGGUGUCCGGGGCCGGACUGUAGCUACGCGGUCAUUGCGAACGGAUGCGCAUCCUGUCCGCGGAUACGCUGUGAACGACCCGGCUGUGACGUUCAGUUCUGCUACCACUGCAAGGCCGAGUGGCACCCGGAUCAGACGUGCGAUGCGGCCCGUGCGUCCAGGCAGAGCCCCACCAGGGCACCGUCCGGUAGUAUAAGUCAAUAUUCACAGCACAAGGACGACAUCAAGCCAUGCCCACGCUGUCAGGUCCUGAUAGUCAAGAUGGACGACGGGUCCUGUAACCACAUGGUCUGUGCCAUCUGCGGGUCCGAAUUUUGCUGGCUCUGCAUGAAGGAGAUCAGUGACCUGCACUAUCUGAGCCCGUCCGGGUGUACCUUCUGGGGUAAGAAACCCUGGUCCCGGAAGAAGAAGCUACUGUGGCAACUGGGAACGCUGGUGGGUGCACCACUCGGGAUCGCUCUGGUGGCCGGGAUUGCCGUCCCUGCCAUGAUUAUAGGAAUCCCAGUUUGGGUUGGUCGCAAAAUACACACACGGUACAAAGCGGCCGGAAAGCACAAGCGAAACUUUGCCGUGCUCGGUGGUGUAACGGCAUCGGUUAUAGUGUCCCCAGUACUGGCCGGACUAGCUGUCGCCAUCGGAGUUCCCAUUUUGCUAUUCUACGUGUACGGAGUAGUACCCGUUUCCCUGUGCCGCGCUGGCUGUGGCGAGGGAACAAAGUUUGAGUUUGACGAAGAAGAGGACAACGGUUCACGAAAUCAUGAUGCAACCAGUGUGGACGCUGUGUCCCGAAUCGGAGCCACCAGUAUAGGCGAGGUUAGCCUUAGUGUGGCCAGUGGCAGCCAUCUGGGAGUGAGCAGUCAGCAUUCCAAUUUCGGCAUAACGACAAAUCCUUCCACCCGAGAAUCGACAACCGCCCUAGCGGGUAGUAUAACUGGCCAUCGUCUGGAAGUACAGGCUGACAUAAGCACUUCGGAAACGGCAUCCGCUGUAACGUGUGUUAGUGAAAAAUCCGGAAACACACUGAACGACACCGCCUCGACAAAAGCCCUGGCAGGGUCCAUUCUCAGCUAUCGGGCUCACCAGAUGACAACGGAUUCGGCGUGUUUCAGUGCAUCCGAAGAUGGGGCCUCGGAACGGGUACGGUUCGAUAACACAGUUUGUUACGUGAUCGACGGACGUAGCGUUGAUGGUGGCAACAAAAAAGACUCCUGUGAUAUCUGGUACACAGUCCCGUUGGAUCAGGACACAGCAGCGGACAAGGCAAGUCUGGGCAGUGGGCGGUCGUUCCGCAGUUCGGAACGGUCAUUUAGGGACGAUUUCGAUUCGACCAGUCUUUCCUCAUCGCACAACACUACCAGUACCAGUCAUCAUAGUCACAGUGCCGUCGGUACUAAUCCAGCGGGAGCUACCAGCACUACGGGAAACACGGUCGCUCCGGCCACCAAGCAUCAACGAAUCAACGCAUUUGGCACACGUAUUCCGAAGUUGGGAUCGGUGGUACAUCAGCACAGGACUCUUUCGAUGGAAAGUAACUCAGGUUCGUAUAAUAUUCCGGAAAACGUAAGUCUUGAGCAGGAACUAGAGGAACAGGAUCAGCAGCAGCAGCAGCAACAGCAGCAACCUUCUUCCUCGGUAACACCGGCGCCCAAGCCACAACCACCGAUAGCAAACCUAGAACAACAAACAUCACCGAAGCUGGAUGAAAUAAGGCGAGAACCUAAAUCGAGAACCCAUAUUCUAAGGAAUCUAUUUUUCGCACAAACCGGACCUGCUGUUGGUCAUGGAGACCCUCAACAGGGAGAUUUUACUCAAACAUAAUAAGUAAAAGCAACGUUGCGUGAAACAAUGCAACGCCGAUGAGUUGGCCAUUUGUAGGUUAUGCUAGCUUCAUGUACCCUAGCUAGUUUUUAACCAUUUCCUCAUAUAUGUAUGUUCAUACUGCGACUGACGACUGCGUACUACAAGUACAAUCAAAUCAACGUCAACGCUCAUGCGAACACAAGUACCAAAAAUUAGCCACUUAGAUUCUUGUCCAUAUCGACGUUCAUUUUUGUGUUCAGAAUUUCAAUUUUUCAUGGUAUGGAAAGAAAGAUCUUUUCAAAAUUGUUCGCAUGUGACUGAAGUAAGUGUGUUUCUGAAACUCAUCGCCACAUUUUAGAAGUAACUGAAAAAUACAUAACAUAUUGGAGACGAUCCGAUAAUCAGUAGAAAGGGGAGUUCAUUGCAAAUGGCAAUGUGAUUAUACGCUGACAACAAACGAGUUAGUAUACUUACAAAACAGAACUUGUAUUUAUGAGGGCAACUGAUAACAUUUACAACAAAAAAAAAUUAGAAGCAGACAUUAGUUAUCGAAAAAAAACGUUUAAUAAAUAAGACUGCUAGUAGACAACAAAACAAACAAAAAAAACAAAAGGAUAUAAAACGUACAAGCACCAGGACGUGCACUGGUUGAUAUGAAUUUACGUUACGAAGUAAUGAUCCGAAAUAAAUGAAUUUGUACGUAAUUUCUAUGAUAACAGAAGACAGAACUAACUUCUCAAAUGUAUACCCUCGUAGGCCAAAAAUACAUGAAAAGAAGAAACUAGUGUAUUUUCUAUACCGCAUGCAAGCAAAUCCAACAUAACUGAUGCAUUAUUCCUAGUGAGGACUUGAAUCGAAAACUAAAGGAAAGCUCCUCCUCAUUUAUUCAAUAGCUUAAAAUGGAACGUAGCAAAAUACUGUUAAAGCGCGCUCUGAAGCGCACAUAUUUGUUGGAAUCAAAGCAUGUUGAAUGCUGAAAUUUACCGAGAAUAAGAUAAUGAGUUUAACUUUGUACGUUUGUUUUUUUAUUUUCCUUUUUAUACUUCUCCGAUAUCGGACGAGAAAUGUUGACAACCGAACAGUGAACACAGACUGGGACAGACUUUGGAAACCCAAAUUAAAUGAAUUCAUAAGUGAUAUAAUAAUACAAGCAUGCUCUUGGAUUGAA